AUGGAGGCAGCAACAUUUGAAAACAUAUGCCAAUCAGACAAUACUUCCAAUACCAUUGAAUUGGUUCAGCAAAGGAAUCAUCUCCUCAAGUCUUUACUUCAGGAGAAGUGGAAGCAUUCGAAGAGGGGUGAAGUGGGUGUCCAGCGACAUCUUCAUGCAGUGUUGCUCCUGAGCAAACAAAUCAGUGCUGAGCUCCUGGGACAGUUCAAAAGUGUAAAAGAAGUGCUACAAAUAGCAACAGACACAGUAACCACUCUGUGCGAAGAGUACCAUGCAAAUACUAGCCACGGAGUAAACACUGCUCUUUUGAAUUACCUGGGUAAGACUAGCCGUUUUCUAAACCAUGUAAUGAUAACUUUGGAAAACAUAGAAAUCAGUCUGCAUGAAAUCUACUACCAAGCACAAGAGGACACGUCGACACAGUAUGCUUCAGAUCGAAGUGUGGGACUAACCAAUGCAGAACAUUAUAAGCACAGUGAAAAUUCAGAAGACCAAAGUAGAGAGGAGAAAGAAAGCUUUCAAAUGUCAUUUUGUGAUUCCAGAGAUAAUCAGUCAUACUGUGUGAAAAAACAGCAAAGCCUGUCACUAGAAAUGAGAAGCAGUCGACAAGACUCUACCAGUAGCAAUAUUCACUUCCUCAAAGGUGAAGGUACAGGAAAAGAAGCUGAUGCAGUAACCAUGGGAGAAUGUUUGCAGAUGUCCGAAGUUUGCUCUGCUGGGCAAGAGAGAGCAAUGAGUCAGCCUAAAAUUCAGACAUCAGAUGAAAUAAAGGAUCAGUACAGAAUAAUAAAACAGAUGGACUGUAGCACUGAAAUGAAGGACACUGAGAGAAAAUUAAAAUUUGACUCAGCUGGUAAUCAAGAUGAGAACAAAGACAUUGAUCUCCAAACCACAUCAGGAACUGGUGGAGUCACUGAUAAACAAAUAAACAAAUCACAUGAUAAAAAUGAGGUGACUGAACUUGUGAAAGCUGAAGACUGCAGAGGCUGGUCCCAAAGAGAACUGUUUGCAGAUUUGGAUAGAGAAACUGAGCCUCAAAUUGGCUGUUACGUCACUGCACCAUUUCUCAUAGUCCAGAGGCUGCUGUGCAAAAUAAUCAAUGAAAGGAGCCCAAUGGUUGUAAGGGAUGACGAAGAACUGGUGAGCAAUGUAAUCAGUAUUCAGUGUACUGACUCCAGGAUCAGGAUUCCAUUCCCUUUGAAGAUUGCUAUACCAUUCACUGCUCGUUAUCAGGGUAAUUAUCAUGACAUUAUGGUAAAGGCAUUGGAUGCAACACCACAUUCAAGUUAUUUGAGCCCACUCUCCUUGGAAGGUGUGUACAAUGGGCACAAGAAAAACUGUGCAGAUGUUAAGAUAUAUAAGCUUGGCAUCUUUUCAGUUAUAUCCUGCUUAAGAAAAGAGACAUUUACUGUACCGUGGAAAGGUUUAGCCCUGAAGCUCAGCGUGGACUCAAGAAUUACACUGAACUACUUCCCUGGAUCCUUCAGCACCUCAGUGGUAGUUCAAUCAAAGGUUCAGCCAAUUGAUUCAACAUUGUUGAAUGUAAUGAAAUUGAGAGAAGAUAGCUUUCACCCCAUAAUCUCCACUACCCCUCUUGUUCAUAUCAAACAUCCAUCUACUCAGCAGUUCCGGAAAUCAAUUACCAUUACUCUGCCCUGUCCACCAAACUCAGCUAAAAGGAGAUUAGGAGAUAAAAUCGACCAUCCUCAGGCAGCAACAGCAGCAACACGGAAGAACAACGGCCUUUGCUCACGGUCAAUGAGUGCACCAGUAAAAAAACCUGGAGAUGUGACGAAUAAAUCUUUAAAACUGUUUGGAUUUAAAUCAAAGGAUGAAGAAUGGGUGAUGAUGGACAAUGUAACCGUGAAAGAAAUGCAAAAUGGGCUGGUUGCAAUUGAAUUAAAUGAACAUGUGGAGAGAUUUAUUGUCCUCCGCUUUUCAUCUUCAGUGGAUAGCAGCUGUUUAAUUUCUUUCAUACAAAAACUUGAAGAAGUGAUCCAGCUCACUAUGGUUAACAUUAUUAUCUACCACAAACGAGACAACUCCCACCAUAUUGUUGUGCUGAUGGUUCCUUCCAAGGAUUUACAGUGGGAAUUAGUUAAACUACGUGAGGAGGGAUUCCAAGGCCCACUGGAGCCAUCUGAAGAGUUUCCAAUGAGAGAGGGUGAGCAGCUUAUUCUCAAGCUUUGCGGCAACAUUAAGUCAUUGGGUGAUGACCAAAAGACAUCUCAAGGAUAUCAACUGAUAUUCCACUCGCAGCGGAAAGCCAGAUUGGAGCUGGAACUAACUGAGGUGAAUGAGUUUGGCAACCGCUGCUCACCUCACUACAAGGGGAUGGCAGUAUUUUAUAAAACAACCAAAGUUGAGUUGACUAAGCAACAGGAUAGUGAACCCCAGCCAGUGGGUAAUUUGGAUCCUAAACCUGUAUGCAAAUUAACAUUAACAUUACCCAAGAGAGAAAAGGUUCUUAGUCGUUCGACAAGUGUGAGCAAAGUACCAGAAACACCGUCUGAGAAUCUACUUUAUUGGGUAGCCUCAGAAAUUUCUGAAGAAGAUGCAAUGUUGUUCGUGACAUCUCUGCGAAUCCGUCGCAGCGCCAUCCAGUUGGUCAGGCUGACCAGUCCUGAUGAUUUAACAGACCAGAUUUACAAACUCCUCAACACGUGGAACAAGAAUCUGCCAAUGUCUGUAGACAAAAUCCAAGUCCUUUCCAAACAUUUGAGGAAAUGUGGAAGACAGGACUUAGCAGAAGAGUUGCAGUCAAAAUAUAGUCAAGAAAACCCUAUAAAACUUUUAUAA